UUGGCUCUUAUGAUAAAUUGUUGAACGAAUGCAAUUCUACUCACUUCUGCAUUUAACGUAUGUAAAAAGUAUUCUAAAAACUACGAUUUAUUGAAUUAGAUUAAAUGCAAAUCGAAAACUACAUAUUCUGCUGUCCAUAUUGUCCCGAAAUAAUUUCAUGUUGAAUUAAAAUUUUAGGCGUUCUAAACGUAUAAUACAGAGAAAUGCAUGAAGAUUUAAGUGAAGACAUUCCCCCUCACAGGUCUAAACUAAGCAUUCGGAAAGAACUUUCUUUGUUGUCGGUCAUUUGAAAUUCUGAUGAUGACGACGAUGAUGGCAGUGAGUGACAUUUCCUUGUGUGCCCUAUAGCCGCGGCACGCGCUCCUCUCUAUACAUCUCCAUCAGACCGUGAAUAGGGAGCAGCGCGCAUUACUACAAUAAAGGCCAGGUACAUCUGCUCUGUAGCGCCCGGUCCGAGUCUCUCAGCCCUCCCACGGGCAAUUCCACAGAGAUCCUCGCUCGCUCCUGAUUGGAUGAGGAUGGAGCGACGAGGGGCGAGAACAAUAACAUCAUUCCAGCUUAAAAAGAGUGCAGCUAUGCGUUGAGGAGCAAAAGCAUCUCUCAGAGGGAGGGAGGCGGACGGCGCGUUUGUGGCUCUGGAUCUCGUCUUGUUGUGCCUUGUCAUCCUCGCCUCAUCCAUCCGCCGACAUGCCCAAAGGAUUCCUGGUGAAAAGGAACAAGAAAGCAGCGCUCGUUUCGUACCGGAUACGCUCGGAUGAGGACGGAGGAGCCGCUCCAGAAUGUCGGAUCGCGCAGAUUGCGUCGUCUCCACCCGCGCCCAGCGCCUCCAAGCCGGACAGCAUCACCUCGGCGUUCCCGUCGGACGGAGCGGAGGCGCCGGUGCCGGUCCACAGCGCCAAGCCGGUGCAGUUCGGCAACCCGGAGACAGUGUACCAAGCCCUGUACAGCCCCACCCGGCCCAUCAGCAAGGAGCACGACAGGAAAUAUUUCGAGAGGAGUCUCAAUCUCGGCUCGCCCGUCUCUGCCGAGUCGUUCCCGACUCCCGCCUCUCUCACCAGCCUGGACCAUCAUCAUCUUCUGUUCGCGCCGGUCGACUUGAAAAUCGGCACCAGCAACAGCAACCGGAGCGGCACGGCGCCCGCCAUCCGAACCGGCGCCAAAAGACCUUCCUCUGACGCCGCCGAGCAGCGUAAAAGCAGCAAAAGCGCCAAGAAACCCAAAGCCAUACGCAAACUCAACUUCGAGGACGAGGUGACCACGUCCCCGGUGCUGGGCCUGAAAAUCAAAGAGGGGCCCGUGGAGCUGAAGCCCCGAGCGGCCUCGGGCAGCACCAACAAGCCCCUGGGGGAGUUCAUCUGCCAGCUUUGCAAAGAAGAAUACUCGGACCCGUUCUCUCUGGCACAGCACAAGUGCUCUCGCAUAGUGCGGGUGGAGUACAGGUGUCCCGAGUGCGAGAAGGUCUUCAGCUGUCCGGCAAAUCUGGCCUCCCACCGGCGUUGGCACAAACCGCGCGUGCCGAGCGCGCCCAAACAAGCCCUCCAGCCCGCCAAACCUUUCCCCGAGGAGUUCCCAUGCAGCGACAGAGACUCCCCGAGUCCGGGUCUGUCAGAAUCCGGCUCCGACGACGGGCUCUAUGACUGCCAGCACUGCGGGAAGAGAUUCAAGCGCCAAGCCUACCUGAGGAAGCACAUCCUGGGACACCAAGCGCAAAUCCAAAAUCAAAUCCUCGGAGAGGCUUUCCGCACCGCAGAGAGCCCCGACAUCGUGCCCUCGGAGGACAGCCAAAGCCCGGGUCCGCUCAAUCUAAGCCCCGCGGACUGUAUCGCGUGUCCCGCUUGCGGAGAGAAGCUGCCCAACCGGGCGAGCCUGGAGCGACACCUGCGCCUCCUGCACGACGACUCCCAGGCGUUUCCCUGCAAGUUCUGCCCCGCCACUUUCUACAGCUCGCCGGGUCUCACUAGGCACAUCAACAAAUGCCACCCCACCGAAAACAGGCAAGUCAUCCUUCUCCAGAUGCCCGUGCGCAACGCCUGCUGAAGACGAACCCACACCGAUCCGUCCUUUUAGAACGAUCUAUUUUCUUCAUCCAAUCCCUCGCUAGAAAAGUCUGGAGAAAAGUAUUAGUUUGGUCCUUACAAAGGUAUUUUUCUAGAACCCUUGCACACAUGGUAAUGUAAUAGCUCCUAGACCUAAGAUAUGUUCAUGUACCUCUGCCUUGAAUUCACAUGCUGUGCGUUUCACGUCUGUAGCUUUAAUCUAGUAUGUGAAUUACGGGACUGAAAUGUUCUCUCUCUCUCUCUUCGUACUGAAAACUACAACAACAAAUCUUGAAAAGUUUCCCUUUAGUAGCCAGAAAUGCCUUUAGAGAAAUACAUCAAACUACUGCCUUAAGAACUCUUAAGUGUAAUGAUUUUUUUUUUUUUGAGUGUCGGCACACAAUUACAGCUUACUAUCAUGAUGUAAAAUUAUUGUAAUAUGUUUAUUCGUAAUAUUUUAUUUAUUUAUGUAUUUAUUUAUUUUCAAUGGCUUUGUAUAAAUUAUUGUGUGACUUUUCUCCUGUGUCACAUGUUGCAGUCGAAUCGUUGUGUCGAGAUCAUCUUGUCUUGGGUUUUGUGCGCUCCCUUGAAACGUGAAGCUCUUAUAGAUGCAAUCUUUUUCUACGUAUACAGCUUAUUUUCCUAAAUGUUUGCUACCUAGCGCUUUAUAUGUGCGUCCGUGUUGUCUACUCAAAUAAAAUAUUUUCAAAAUGAA